CCAUAUAUCUACAAAAUGAUCACUGAAAUUAUAGCUUAUGUUCUUAUUCCAGUGUUACUUGUGUCCGCCAUUUGCGGCGUCCACUCCACAUCCAUUCCAUCCAACUCGGCCGAGCUGGACAAGUCGGACAGUACGUUGGAACCACCGCUGCUCAGCACGCUGGAAAGCAAGUUGGAUAGCGAGCUAGAUACAGACAAUCUAAAACAAUCCGUGCUGGAGAGCGUGAAGAUACUUCUGGAGUCUAAGCUUUCCUCUUUGGCUAGGAAUGGAGAUCACGUUGGUUCGGAUGGUAUUACAAAACAACGAUCCUUCAAACCGAAAAGCAGGUUGCGUCCGACUUCAAAUCGAAAAGAAAAGACAAAUCAGGAGUCAAACAGUUCAGAAGAUUCACAUAAUUCUGAAUUCAUCAAAGUGUUGACAGACGACUCUAACCAAGACCCUGGUGAUGAAGCUUUAAGAGAAGCUGUAGAUGAGCUGCUAGAAGAAAACAAAACAGACGAAAACAAGGAUGAGGUGAUUUUAGACGAUAGCACACAAGAUCCAGAAGAAUUAAAAGAUUACAAUAAUGACGAAAAAAUUAGCAAAGAUGCUUAUGGUGAUAUUACUACGCAAGUCACGAAAAACAGUAAAAAAUAUAGAAAAGACAAUAAAAUAGACCACAGAAAAAAAAGUAAUAGUGUGAUCGUAAAACCUUUAAUAAAAAUGUUCAAAAAUGAUGAUAGAAAUAAACUUAAGGUUAUCUCAGAUGAAAAGUUGAAAUCUACGUUAAAAGACAUUGAUUAUGACGUAGAACAUGCAAAUGAUGCCGACGGUAUAAGCGCAAACCGGAAAUCUAAGGAAGUUAGAAAUAAUAUGCUUUUAAAUCGAGGAAAUAGAUACUGGAAAAGAAAGCCAUAUAUCACGAAAUAUUCACAAAAACCACACAAAGUUGAUAAUUUAAAAAUUGGAGAAAGCAGUAACGUUGAUGGAAUAAAUUUCGUCAGUUAUAACGAAAAACCGGUAGAAAUGGAAACACCUACAAGCGUUCAUCAAGAUAAAAAUGGCAACAAUGAUAAAAUAAACAUACUAACAAACUUGGCUAAUAAUAACGUUGAUUUUAAACGAAAAUUGUUGACAAAUAACCUUAAACAAAAUAGUAAAAACGACAAGGACCUAAUCGAUUUCAGUGAAUCAGAAAUAAAUUAUCAAGAUAAUAUCCCAGAUAAAUUAAUAAAAGAAGAUAUUGAAACGGAAAUUAAUGAAAACCAAAACCAAGAACUAAUCUAUCACAAAGAAAAACCUAAACAAAAACUUGACAAAAAUUACAGUAAUUAUCACCGUAUUGGCCGUGACAAACUCGAGAAAAACAAUAAUGAUAAACAAAAAGAAAACAGUAACAAUGAAGAAUUAAAUGAUAGCGAUAAAUUUGAUGAUAAUAACGAUAUAAACAAAAGCAUCGCUUAUGAAGAGAAAAAACCUGAUUUUCAGUUGAAAGAUUUUCUUAUAAAUAAUAAAAUUAAAGCAGUAAAGGUUCAACCAGAUGAAAGAAAAGAUGACAAACGUAUUGAAGAAAACAUUAAGUUUGGGAAUGAAGAAGAUAUAGCUGAAGGAGAUGAUGAUGUAACUUCAGGGGUUGAACACGUUAUAGGAAAAUAUUUGGAAGAUAGAGAAGAUUAUAUAUUUGAAAAAGAAGAAGAUAUAACCAAAAGGGAUAAUUUUGUAACUUAUGUAGACAAAAUAAAUAACACUGGCAAGAAAAAACGUGUAACCAAGGACAAAAUAUUUACCGAAGAGGGUACAAGUGCUUCUAAGAAGGGUAAACAAAGUUGUCGUGAGAAUAAUGUCGAAAGUGAUGAAACUAAAAUAAUACGUGAUUUGAUCCAAAAUAAGGAAGUAAAAAAAUCCUUUUCUUUUUCGCUAAAUUUCAUAUCUCAGUAAAACAAAAUAAAAAUGA